AUGGUAGAACGCCUACCAGGAGUAGCUCCCCCAAUCCAGAGGAGCAAUUCAGAUUCCUACGCAGAUACCCCCUUCGUGGAGGAAAUCGCCUCAGUCGAGAUGCCAAGAAAUUUCUCCUUCCCCAGCAUCAAGAUGUAUGACGGUAUUGGCGAGCCCGACGAUCACAUCGCGCAGUACAAAAAAAGGAUGUUGGCGGUUGCACUCCCUAAGGAGUCCCGCGAAGCCACGAUGUGCAAAGGGUUCGGUUCCACUCUGAUCGGACACGCCUUGCAAUGGUACAUCAAUCUCCCCACCAGGUCCAUAUCUUCCUAUGCAGGCCUGAGCGACAAAUAUGUGGAGCAAUUCGCAAGCAGCAGGAGCCUGGAGAAGACUUCAGAUGGUCUCUACGAGAUCCUCCAGCAUCGAGUGGAACCCCUGCGAGACUACAUAGCCCUCUUCAACCAGGAGAAAGUGGUGGCCCCCGAAUGCAGCAUCCCUACCGCAAUCUCUGCCGUCAAAAGAGGUCUACUUCCAGAUGGGGGGCUAUACAAAGAGUUAACCAUGUACCCUUGCAAGACCAUGGAAGAUGUGUUGUCUCGAGCCUGGGCGCAGGUGAAGUGGGAGGAAGAUGUGGCUAGCCGUGCCAAGGCUCAGCCAAAUCAGGACCAAAGGUCAGCCCGAUCAGAUCGAGGAGACCGAGAGGAAGAUCCUCCCAGAAAGGAUCCAAAGUCUCUGGUAGUAGGAACAGGGGCAGGUUCCAGUACCGGCCUCAAGAGAAGGAAGAAGGGAUGUCGGUAUCUACCUGGCCCGAUAUCUCCCAUCUCUCAGUAUCAACACCAGAACUAG